UUAAUUAGUCUAGUAUUAUUACAAAUAUGCAUGGAUAUAAGAAGUGUUAUAGUAAAGCAAAAGCUCCACGAGAUAUCUUGAAAGUAAAACCGUCCAGAUUCGAAGGUUCCGAAGUUAUUCGUUGUAACAAGAAGUACUGGAGUAAUGUAUUUAACGCAUUAUCCGAAAUUGAUAAUGAACCAUUGCAAGAAAAAGACAUUAACUUUUUAUCAGAAAUUCUACCGAAAGAGCUCUGUGAUAAUGUUUGUAAUAUAUUGCACAUAACUUUAAAAUCGAAAAGAUUAAAAGAAACAGAAUGUAUUGAAGAGACUAGAACUCGUAGAAUAGUAAAAGAAUUGCUGUUAUCAAGCAGGAAAACUAUAACUAUAAAUAGAGAGUUGGACUCUGAUACUGACGUCGAAUUUAUCUCAAGUGAUGAAGAAGAACAAAAGCCGAAUAUUCAUAGAGACUUUUUAAGAAAACCAAUCAGGGAGCAAAUCACAUGGGCUACGCACUAUCUUGAACCUGAAAAGGAGGAUGAAAAGAGCUUAGUAAAAAAAGCUGACGAUCUGACUGACAGAAUAACACAAAACUUUUGUGAUUAUAUGAAACAACUAGGCGGUGAUCAGCAGUCACAACUUUUUACACCGAAAGCUAUAAAGGAACUGUUUCAGGUUGAGUUCGACACCCACGUGGCCCGCAGUCUUCAAGUUGUUCCGAAAGAAAUGCCCACAGUUGAAGAACGAAUCGCAAACGUUACUGAAAAUCCAGAGAAAUCUAAAUUCGCUGCUCUCGAUCGUGAGAUAUCAAAAGACAUAAAAGCGGAACGUCGAGCUGAUCAUCUGCGUGCGUUUAAUCGCAAUCUUCCAAAUAAGAAGCAAUGGCGUGCUCCUCGUAACGAAACAAAAGACAUGUGGCGAUCAGCACGUCAUGUACCGAAGGACCUUGUUACUUUGAAAACAGUUUGGGAGGGCAUUACCAACCUUAGAAGUGUCAAAGAAUACUGCCGGUGGAUGAUAGAACACCCCGAGUAUCGUAGAGCACCUUACCUGAGAAGUCUCGGUAUGUUCGACACCGCAGUUCUUGACGCGAGGUUGACCUUCGAACUUCAACAGCAAAAUAUGACGCCGCCGCUCACGUCUCCGACAGACAUUCCUGCACCCAUCGACCAUAUCCGCAAGCGGCUGUCUGAACUAGCUGAAACCAAUGAUGACGGAUAGCUGAAACGCAAGAACUUCACCCAAAAUUUAUUAAUUUUG